CACUAACAAACUUUUAAUUUUCCUAAACAUAUCAUAAACUUCCCCCUCUCUAUUAAAAAAUAAAGGGGUUGCGCACACUUACCAACUGCGUAAAGUUACCCCACGUGACUCUAUCCAAAAUUUCUUUAAAAUCGUUUUGCUAUUACACAUAGAUGUCAGUUUACAACCAAGUAAUAAUUGAGGCAUUUUAAUUUAACACUUAAUUUGUAAAUAAAACCAGAAGAUACGCACCAGGAAAACAGUAUGAAGUUAUUGAUAUUAUUUAGUUAUAUUUUAAUAACUAUUAGUGCUCGUAAACUUCUUACAGAAAAUAGUUGCGAAACACCACGUGAAGAAAUCGGUGUUUGCAUUCCAGUAGUAGAGUGUCCUUCUAUAGUGAAUAUUCUCAGAGGUAGAAAACCGUUGUCGGAUGCUACUUUGCGAUUUCUUCGUCAAUCACAAUGUGGAUUAGAAGGAGAAAUGCCGUUUGUAUGCUGUACAGAUUCCGUUGAAAAAGAUAACUUGACAAUAGAAGCGUCAGAAUUGGUUCCGAAUCCACCAGAUGUGUCUAAUCAUCCUAAUUUGAGGUUACUUGAUCACGAACUCUGUGGUCCGAUGAAUGAAGCUAAAGUAUACAGAGGCAAAAUUGCAGGUAUAUUUGAUCACCCAUGGAUGGCGCUGCUAGUUUAUCUUCACAGGGGAAAGAAGAAAUUUGGCUGUGGUGGGACAGUUAUCAGCAAAAGGUAUAUUUUGACAGCAGCUCACUGCGUCAAGGAUUUGCCGUCAGGUCGAACUCUAUUCGGAGUACGAGUCGGAGAGCAUGACUGGAGUACAAAACGUGAUUGUGACGUUGAUAAAAAUGGCCUGGAAAUAAUGUGUUCCGACGAUUCAUAUCAAGAUUUUCUAGUGCAGAGCACAAAAUUCCAUCCCGACUUCAAGCUGUCGACGUUAAGGAAUGACAUAGGACUGAUUCGUCUGCACAAAAAUAUAGACUUUCUGCCAAUAAAUGCUAAGCCUAUUUGUUUGCCAAUUGAACAAAAUCAGAAGAUGGAUUACAAGACUUUGUCAGUGACCGGCUGGGGCGCCACUGAGUUUGAUAAUCUCAGUAAGCAACUCUUAAGGGCUGACGUACAGCUUCUUCCUAUUAAAAUAUGUACCGAGGCCUUAGGACUCAAUAGUGUUAUUAUUUGGUACAAAGAGACAUGCGCUGUCGGUAUAAACGGCGGAGAUUCCGCUUCUGGCGACAGUGGUGGCCCGCUUUUAUCAACAGGUCGAUAUUAUAAUGAUGCGCGAGUUAUUCAGCAUGGCAUUAUUAGUUAUGGGAUGAAUAACUAUGGGAUUUAUACGAGUGUAGCGUAUUAUAUGGACUGGAUACUGGAUAAUUUGGAUAAAUAAUAAAAAUUACCGAUAAUAAUUUCUUCUUAGAAGAACUGCAAAUAUUGAAUCCCAGAAAAAUUUAUUAAACAAACACUAUGCAAAAUUUUACAUAUUAAAUAAUAAUAUUUUGAGACUUAUUUCUUACGGUCAAUUGUGAAUAGAAAAACUAUCUCAGACUUGGACACGUCGGGCGGUAAAUCCUACUGUGAGCUUGUUGUUUCUGUACGUCAAUGACAUCGGAAAUGAUAGAUCUAUUUCCAGCAGUUCCGAAGAACUGUUUGAUGGAAUGUUACCGGAGUGUGAUGGAAUAAUCUGAACUCCGGCGUUAUCAGUGUUGAGUAAGCAGUUCGCAUAGUAGUCAUUAUCCAGUCGUGAAGAUUGUAAAAUUAUAUUAGAUCGCCACUGGACUGGAAGUCGGAUCCGAACAUUCCAAGAAGCAAAUGUCCUGCGAGAAUCUGGAGAGUACGGCUUCAGAAUCCAAGAUUGAGGAUUGUCUAAUAGCGAUAGAAAAUUGCUAAUUGAAUAUUGGCUUGGGCGGUUGACAGAAUUGACCAAUUCAGCAGUCCAUUGGAGGGGAAUGCUUCCGAUAUUCUGAUUUACUGUCUCGAUAUGACUUCCUUGGGAGUCCCAAGUUGAAAUUACGGAAUUCGGUCCAUUAUUGUAAGAUAAAUAUACCAGAUUUUGUGACAUGAUGAAGUUAGCUAUAGUCAACAUUUUAGUUUUUCUAAAAAAGGUACCAACAAAGUAAAAAGGACAUCUACGCGUAUGUUUGCGUGAGAACUGACAACUGUAACAACUUUAUUCACAAUAUUCAUUUAUUUAAGUGUUUCUGAACCUACCACACGUGUUUUGUAU